AGGUGCUUCAGGUGCCUGCGUUCUUCUUUGCUUCCUUUUUAAUCUAUGUAAACUCUUUUUUUCCUUCUUUUCGACUGUAUUGGUGGUCGUCUUUCGCAAGCGUUCCUCUACACUCUUGGCUCAACGAAGGAACAAAACACGUUUUACAGAUUUCUGCUGCGGUAUUACUGAGCGUUGAACAUAAGAUUUGGGCGUCGUGUUUUUUUUUUAGUUUUCAUCUCGGGUGCUGAGCACACUCAUAGCUGAGUGUGUGCGGUCUUGCUUUACUUAUACCCCAACAACACCUGUUUAUUUGCUUUUUUUUCUGUUCUCUCUGGUUUUGCGUUUCUGUGGCUCUAAAUCGUUGUUGGUUGGGCAUUUGUUGUUGCCACUGAUUUCUUGCUAUAUAAUCUAACUUGUGUGUUUCUUUCUUUCUGCUGUGGACCGCUUGGUGUCUCGCAGCUUUUUUUCAUUCUUUUAUUUCUAUUGUGUGUGUGUUUUUUCCUUAUAAACAGAUUUAGUCCGUUUCUUUUUUUCCCUUUGUUACUUGUUCGUUACUGUUAUCCUCCCUCGUUUUGUGUAUACACCGUUAAAAACCUCCCUUCUCUUUUUCUUUCUCUUUUUCUCUUCUCUUUUCUUUUUUCUAAAGUUGAAGAAAAGUCUGUUGUUGUUGUUGUUGAAAAGGCGAAGGAACAAGUCGCGUAAAAAACAACACGGUUUUACCUCGCGGGUCUUUUUUCUAGUUUGGGUGUGACGUGACGCAGAUUCGUGGAGGCGUUCUCCCGUGAGACAGCCGCGGCACGCAAACGCUCUCGCACGCAUCACCGCAUCGACACUUUCACAUCCCCAGAGCUGAGGCGUACUCGCUCGCAAGCAGCGGCACCAGCGAAGAGUCUCGACUGCAUUGACCCGUGAGCACGUAUUAUUGUAUUCUUUGUUGUGACUACAUCCUGUUUUCCCCUUAGUAUCAUUCCUAACAAUUUAUUGUUACUGUUAUUAUUAUGUUUCUUUUCUGAUCGGUGAGUGUUCUUCUUUCCUUUUUUCUUCCUGUUUGUUUCUUUAGGUUGGAUUUUAUGAGUGCUGUUUUCGCUCUCUCUAGUUUGCUGUUGUCACCGGUGUUGUAGUGAACGUCAUCGCACACACACACUUUCUUUUCUUCUUUUUCCCGUAACGGUUUUCUUUUUUCUCUCUUCUGCUGUAAGUUUUUCCCUCCUUCCUUUUUCAUUCAUUUACAUUCUUUUUAUUUUUGCCCUUGCCCAGUCGAGGUUUUUAGUGAGUCUCUCCGACAAGUGGGUGUAUAUAUAUUUCUUUGUAUUAGCUGUAAGUUAUCCUUUUUUUUUUCUCUCUGUGUUGUUGCGUAAUACCACCGUCAGUAUUGCUCCGUUGUGCUCCAGUACCGGCAUUAAAAAAAGAAAAGAAAAGCUGUUGAUCACUGCUGCACAAAGAAGCACGACAGACACAAACAUUGUAGAGAAGUGUAUCAUAUUUCAGAGAAUAAAGGGAAAGUUCUCGGUUUAGUGGGUUUUUUUUUUACACUGAUUUGCGUUUCCAUCUUCUUUUGUUUGCUGGGGAUUCUUUUUGCGCUACACAUAUUUUGGUUUCUUGUGCCGGACCGACGUACUGUUUCUUGCGCACAGCACGAAACGACGCACAAAGCAGUGCAGUUCAGACUUGGCGGGUUUUGAGCUCCUUCCUUUUUUAUCCUUCUUCGGUGUGUUGUGGUGGACAUCACACUGGCGUUCCUCUUUUUUUCUCUCUGUUUCGUUAUUCAACAGUUGUAGGUAGUCUUGUUGCAAAUUCAAGUUAAAAAGAGGGGCUUUGCGGGAUCUUUGCCUGUUCUCGAACUCUUGUUGUGAUCACCCACACCGUGAUCUUCUCUUUUUUUGCUUUCAUUUUGGUGUUGUUUCUUGCGUGACAGCAUGGAUAGUCCUGUGUCUUCCAUGGGCCGGGCGUGGCACGCCGGCGCUAUCACCGCUGCCCCCCGUCCCAUCUGCACCUUCUUUGCCAUGGGUGGCUGCAACAAGGGCGACCGCUGUCCCUUCUCGCACGAGUUGGUGCAGGUCGCACCGAAGGGAGUCGACGUGUCCAACGGCUUCUACAUCAGCGGCAACGUCGCGAAUUACAAGGCGGCCUCGACGGUCGCCUCGCCCUCCUCGCCGAACUCAGGCCGUAAGUCGGAGGAGGCCGGCAAUACCAGCAGCACCGACGGCCUCUCCACGCUCGCCUCGCCGUCGUCAUACAGCGUCACCGGCGUCUCGCUGAGUGCCGACGCAAAGGAAUGGGUGAGCGCCGACAGCAGCGGCGGCGGCGGCGUCGCACCGGUGCCGUGGGGAGGCGCGGCGACGGCGACGGCCGCCACCGCUACAUCGCUCACGACGCAGCGCCCCGCGAUUUCGCCUACGACGCGCACCACCACGGCGUCUCCGACGUACCCGCCAUCCGUGCAGCCCCCUCAGACUCAAUCUGCCCCAAAGCCACCACCUCAGCAGCAGUCGCAGCAGCGUGUUGUGCCAACCCCGCCACAGCCAUACCCACAACAGCCACAGCAGCCACAGCAGCCACAGCAGCCACAGCAGCUCCAGUACAAUCGCCCACUACACCAGUCUCCAACACUACCGCAGAACACGCCGCAGAUGCCGAUGUCCGUCUUCGCUUCGCAGAGUCAGCAACCCCCGCAGUCACCGCAGCGGCCUCCGCAGCAACAACCUGCCGCGCCGCUCCCCCCGCAGCCCCGCAGCGUCGCUAACGCACGCCACACCGUCGCCUGCAGUACGGAGAGCCCCGCACCCGUGCACAAGUACACGGCCCCGUCGACUCCCACGCAGACCACCCAGCCAAUGGCGGUGGUGGGCAAGUACUCCAUUUCGCACCCCGUCAUCCAAAACCCACCGCCGCGGAGCGUGACGAGCCUGUCCUCGCUCAGCUGCUCCUCGCCGGCGCCAAUCUCCCCCGCCGCGGCCCCGACGUCGUCGCCAUCCUCGUCGACACCGUCCAGCAUGUACGGGCAAUUCCGCAGAGAGUCGGACGGGGUGCCGGCCAUCACCCCGACGGCGCCGCCGCGUUACACCGCCUCCUCCACCGCAAUCGCCUCCCCCACCACGCCCACCCCGACGCCGGCAGCGACGAAUGCCACCGCGGGUCGCUUCUCGAGCGCCGGCCUGCCGCAGCUGCCGAUGGGCACGGGCACGCUGGCGACGCGCGCCGAGGCGACGGUGCACCCCGUUGAAGCGCCGCUGCCGCGCAGCCGUGAGGUGAAUGUGCCGGCCGUGGAGCACGCCGUCGCGGUAUUGUCCAAAUUUCAUCCGACGACGACGCUCUCAGCGGCCAACCCGACCGCGACAGCAGCCCCGCCGCAGUACGAAACGAAGACGGUGGCCGCCACAGCAGCAGCCGUGACUACGGUGGCGACCUCGACGGCUCUCAAUGCGCAGAGCCGGGUGGUGCCGCCUGCGCCGCGCUCACUGCAGCAGCAACAGCAGCAGCAGCAGCAGCAACUACAACAGUUCCGUGCCCAGCUGCAGGUACAGCAGCAGCAGCAGCAGCAGCAGAUAACGCCUCAACCGCAGUCCCAGCACGACGCUCCGUACCAGCAGCCUCAGCAGCACUACUAUCUGCAAGCGAAGCCGACUCACACGCCGCCUCAACAACAGCCGUCACAGCUGCAAAGGCAACCGGCACAGUCGCCCACACAGCAGCUGCAGUGCCAGUUUCGGCAGCAGCAGCCACAAAAGGCCCAACAGCAGCAGCAGCAGCAGACAGUCUACCUGCUCGCGCAGCCUCGCUCCGCUGCCACGGCCACCCCACCACGUGAGAGCUCCGCUACCGCGGCCAACCAGCUGCCCCACGGCUACUCCAUCGCCUACGCCCUCCCCACCAACGCCACCUCGCCAACGCAGAUGAUCACCACCGAACAGCCGAAUGGCACGCGGCCGACGUACUCCGUCCUCUCUUCCGGCAGCCCGCAUACGCAGCAACAGGCCUUCCCUCAGUCGAAGAACACGGUGCUCUACCUGGCGGAGUCGCAGGUGACCUCGCACCGCAACAACACCGCAGCAGCUGUCGACAACUCCGCUCCUCGCUUCAUCCUGGUCAAGGCGGAUGGCACCUUCACGGUGCUGCAGACCGCUUUCUGA